CCAAAUACAAGGCCUCAAAAGUGGUCACCCUGUGCGAAUAAUUUCCGCGGGAACACUUCCUUGUGCUCGUAGUCUUAUUCAAGUGAUCUCACAAAUUUUCAGGGAAAGAAAUUCAUCACAAAUUUCAAAAUCUACUAGUAGCAAAUUUGAUUUCUACACUUGGAACGAAAUUACUGAUCUCAUUGCUAGUACCAUAAUUUGAUUAGAAUAUUCAUCAUGGAUGAUAAUUGAAUAUUAAAACCAAAAAUAUCAAAAAAAGAAGAAAAUUUUAUUAUUGUGCAUAGACGGCUCAAAUGGGCUUCGCACAUUUGCUUUAGGAGCGUAAAGUCUUAUUCUUGGAUUCGUUAUGUGAGUUCCAAUGCAAACUCGUUGUACAAUUGGAACUCAAGAAUUACUUGCUAUUUUAAGAAAGGUGAUGUUGAGGCGGCAUGCAAGCUGUUUGAUGAAAUGCCCCAAAAGAAUGUAGUAACUUGGAACUGUAUGAUAUCUGGGUAUAUCAGAAAUGGGAUGAUUAAUCCUGCUCAAAAAGUGUUUGAUGCAAUGCCUAGCAGAAAUGUUGUUUCUUGGACAGCCAUGUUAAGCGGGUAUGCCAAAAAUGGGAAUUUAGAGGUGGCACGGCGUAUGUUUGAUGGAAUGGAUGAUAAGAAUGUGGUUUGCUGGAAUUCGAUGAUCUCGGGGUAUGUGAGCAAUGGGAGAGUAGAGGAAGGUAGAGAAUUGUUUGAUCUGAUGCAGAUUAAGAAUGAUGUGUCAUGGGCGAUUAUAAUUGAAGGCUAUUUCAGAUAUGGGGAUGUGAGUGAAGCUGAGAGGUUGUUUAGUGAAGCACCAGUGAAAAGUGUGCCACUUUGUAAUGCUAUGUUAGCAGGUUAUGCUGAAAUGCGGAGGACUGAGGAUGCAGAUAAGUUAUUUAUGAGAAUGGAUACACAUGAUGUGGCUUCUUGGACUAGUAUGAUCACGUGCUUAUCAAGAGCGAGGGAGGUGGAGAAAGCUAGAAGUUUAUUUGAUGAUAUGCCUGAGAAGGAUGUAGUCGCUUGGACUGCCAUGAUUCAAGGGUACUGUGAAAAUAAUAACAUAGAGGAGGCAGAAAAACUUUUUGCUGCAAUGCCUCACAGGGAUAUUAUUGCUUGGAAUUCAAUGCUAAGUGGUUAUCUGCAGAACGGAAGACUGCAAGAUGCUCUUCACCUGUUUCAUAAGAUGCCUUGGCGGAAUACAGUAUCAUGGAAUUUGAUGUUAUGGGGUUAUGUUCAGCAAGAUGAUAUAACUAAUGCUCGAGAGUUGUUUGAGCAGAUGCCUAGAAAAGAUGAAACCUCGUGGAACACUAUGGUUUCGGGAUAUCAAAAUGAGGAAGCUUUGCUUUUAUAUGUCCAGAUGUUGCGAAAUAAUUACAAGCCGGAUCAGAGCACAUUUUCCAAUGUGGUCUCAUUGUGUGGUGUUCUUGCUUUGCAUGCUUGGGGAAGAGCUUUGCAUGCCUGUGUAACCAAGAGUGGCUUUCAAAAUGACACAAUGAUAACGAGUGCGUUCAUAUCCAUGUAUUCUAGGUGUGGAUUUAUAAAUGAUGCUUCCUCGCUUUUCAGAAAUAUGAAAAGACCCGACACAAUAGCAUGGAAUGCCAUGAUUGUAUCACAAGCAUGUCAUGGUUCGGCUAAAGAGGCCCUUGAUCUUUUUCCUUGUAUGAUUCAAGCUGGAUAUGAACCAGACCAUGUAACUUUUCUUGGUGUCCUAACUGCAUGUGCUCAUUCUGGAUUAGUGGACAUGGGUUGGAGCUACUUUAUAUCAAUGGAGAAAAGGUGGAGUAUAAUUCCAAAGGCUGAGCACUAUAAUUGCAUGGUUGAUCUCCUUGGGAGAUCAGGUAUGCUAGCUGAAGCCUUCGACCUUGUCAAACAAAUUCCUGUAGAUCUCCCUGCACGUGCUUGGGAGACAUUAUUUAGUUGUUGUAGAGUCCACGAAAAUUUUGAUUUAGGUGAUCUUGUAGCGAAGAAACUUCUAAGCCUUCAGCCUUCUAAUAUUGGAAUGUGUGUCCUUUUAUCAAAUAUGUAUUCUGCAAGAGGAAUGUGGAAAGAUGCAGCUCGUGUGAGAGCACUACUUAAAAAGUAUGAUUUGAAGAAAGAAUUGGCAUGUAGUUGGAUUGAGAUAAAUGGUUGUAUAUCUCAGUUUGUUUCAAAUGAAAGGUGUAAUCCCAGAGCAAAGGACAUAUACAAAGAACUAAAAAGUCUUUCUGCACUGAUUGAGGAUAGUGGCACAGUAAUGUAUCAGGGAUGCUAUUCAAAAUUCAGUUCUUCUGAAGAAAUUAAUGUUUCUUAACAUGUUUUUUCCCUGUAUUCCUAUCUAUAAAAGUUCCUGAGUAGAAUUUCUGGUUCCUUCUUGAUGAAUUCAUCUAGUAUUGGAACAUUACCCAAUAGCCUUCAAAUCUCAUUAAGAGAUGUUGCUUGAUAUCUGUUACAGAUGCUAGUCCAGUAUGUGAUUGUAUGAAGACCUGAAACCUUAUGCUUGACGAAAGUACUCUCGAUGUUAGUCAGAGUUGGGUGCAAUUACUGGUGAAAGCUGUGAGUUUUGGAAGGAAAAGCAGGUACCCGAAAAAAGAAAAUAGGAAAAAGAGAGAUCUUGAUUGCAUGAUCUCCAUUAGAGGGGAGGAGGAGGAAGAAUCUGGAAGAGAGAAAAAUGACGACAAUGAAAGAAAAACAAACAUACUAGAGUAAGGGAGGGAGAAGGGAAGAGGAAAACAAAGAAUAGAAGAAAAGAAAUCAACGGAAAGAAAAGAAACAGAUCCUCUGUAGGGAUAUAAAAAGGAAAAUAUUUGAAGAGGGAUAAUGGAGGAGAGGGAGGGGGAUUUGAGGGUUCCUCUGAUCUCUUCCUUGUUCUGUCUUUGUGUACUAACGGGUGGUGUCCUCCUUGUUCUCUACCUUUUCGUGCCAGAUCACUCCCAGCCAUGGUUUCCAGCUGCAGGAUUGAUCUUGAUUGGUUCUCCGUACAUAUUUUGGCUCCUGACUUACUUUUACACCAGCAUGAAAUGGUGCUGUUUUGGCGACAGCAGCAUGGACAACCGCCAGAUUUCAAGGCGCACCUCAAGGGCUGCCACAAUGGCAAACCCUGGGAUGGCCAGGACUGAUUCCAAGGCAAAUGCUGCGGCCUCUAAUAACAAUAGCAUUAACAAUGGCAAACAAGAAAGUGGCCAUAUCCAACAAGAUGGAGGAGAUGCAUCAUCCAUCAACUCUGCAAAGGAAAUUGAGAUGCCUUUAGCCUUAUCAGUUGCUUCUUCAUGAAAUGAAUACUUUAUCAAGAAAUGAUCUGGUGAGGUGGAUUGAUAAAUGGCUGCAUUAUGCAUGAGCUAUCACAGGACCGAGAGAUUUGGAUUUGCUGAGAUAAUUUAUAAUUCAAGGAUCAUGUCAUCAUUCAGGAGCUGUUAAGGAUGGUGAAGAUGCGUGAUAAUGGUGAAUGUAAGUAGAAAUAGCACAAACAGAUAUUUUAACUUGUCUUGAUAUUUACAAAAAUUGAACAAACAAAAAAUUGCUCUUCUUGUUUCAUAGGUAGUUCUCUCUUAUUUCCUAUUUAGUCUCAUCCCCUCUCUCCUCCCCCAACUUUUCUUAGUUUCUCUUGAAACUUCAAGUUCAACCGAUACGGUACUCUCCCUUUUAGUGAUUACAGAAUAUCAAUGAUAAAUUUGGUAUAGUAUACCUUCUUGUUCUA